AUGCCAGUACACCCACAUCUGGACAUCUUACAGUGUAAUGUCAACCACUCCGCUCGUGCUCAAGAUCUGCUCAUGCAAUUCACGGCGGAGUGGGGCAUCUCCAUAGCGGUGGUGGCAGAGCCAUAUUUUGUUCCUCCUCAGUCAAACUGGGUAGGGGCCACAGACGGCAGGGUGGCCAUGAUGGUACCGGCGGUGGGUGACUUUCCACUCCUUACGCCAAUAGCCCGAGGCCGGGGAUACGCAGCGGAAAAAUGGGGUGAAACUGUAGUCGUAGCGAGCUACUUCUCCCCCAAUAAACCGCUUCGCGAUCUUGAGCAAUUCCUAGAAGAGAUCGGGAAUAUUGUGAGGAGAGCGAGCCCCAGCCAGGUGCUCGUAUUGGGCGAUUUUAACGCCAAAAGUGAGGCUUGGGGCUCGCCCCUCACAAACCCAAAGGGAGCUGCCCUAAGAGACUGGGCGGUGGCGACGGGCUUGGCUGUCCUGAACCAGGGCAACGCCAAUACAUGCGUGCGACGGCAGGGGGGGUCUAUUGUUGACAUAUCGUUUGCGACCCCUGCCAUUGCCGCGCGUAUAACGAAUUGGCGGGUCCUUGAGGAGGUGGAGACCCUGUCCGACCACCUCUAUAUACAAAUGAGGGUCCACAAUGCGCCGGUAGUCCCACCGAUGCCCGGCCGAAAUGGUUUCCCUAAGUGGACCAUAACAAAGCUGGACCGCGAGAUGGCGGACGAAGCCGCAAUGGUUGAGGCAUGGAAUAACCCUCCUCCAAUAGCGCUAGGAGUGGAUGAGCGUGCCUCACGGCUCCGCGAAAGUCUGCAGAACUAA